GACGAAAGGACCCGAAUGGUUUUCCCGCCGCACGUGCAGCGUCAGAUUAAUUCCCGCGCUCAGAUCAGUGAAACGAAUGAUGGCCAGAAAUAUGCUAAGAACAAAACUCUACAUUUUGACAGAAAAGAUUAAGCGGAAAAACGACCGGGGAUCUUUCCUAAUAACCAUGGCCUAUGUAGACCUUGAGAAAUCCGUCAAACAAAUUACAUUACCACAGCUGAAGCACUUUGAAAACAGCCUUCAAAAAGGAAAAUAUUAUUUGUGCUCUAAUGUAGCUGCCAUCGGCGAAACUGUCCGCCUUACAGAAUCCUCAAAGGUUUUUGAAACAUCUCCAUUCGAAAUGAACCAAUCUGUCAUUGACACAUACCUCAACCCACCACAAGAAACAGUCGAGGAAAUUCUCCAAUCACCACAAAAAAGAAUGGUUUCAGUCAGAGGUAUUUUACGAAAAUCAUCACAGAUCAUAGAAUCGCCCAAUAGUAAGAGGAAGGAGAUAACAAUAGAGUCGAUGGAAGGUACUUCCCGAGUAGUUUGUAAAUUGUGGGGAGACCAUGCCGACAAGUGUCUGCCGCAGAAUGAUGAAGUCGUGACUGUCUGCAACGUAGAAGUUGCAACAUUUAAAGAUAUAAUUUCACUAAAUUCAACCCUGCUUACUUCCAUAAAGGAAUCCGAAGAGAACACCAUAGUCGAAGGAAAAGUCGAAGGGGUAGAUUUUAGAGAGGACUUCAGCUAUCUCAUCAUUGACACAAAAACUUAUAAAGUAAAAACAACGGAACUGGAAAGAAUAUUUCCCAGAGGGUUCGAACAAGACAUACAUAUCAAAGGAAGCGCUCAUGGAUUUACCAUUGUUGAACUAGAGAAGAUCAACCCAGCAAAGAAACCUAAGAGAGAUUAAACUUUUCAAGAAAAGUACUUCUUUUGAACAACGCUCAUUUCAUUUCACCUAUAAUUCAAAGCUCAAAUAAGCUUUUCUAAUCAUAAUUUGGUCGUCUGUCUAGCUGUCCGUCUGUCUGUAAACAUUUCAUAUUUUUAACUUCUUUUCAAGAACCACUGGAGCAAUUUCAAUAAAACUAAACACAAAGCAUCCUUGACCACAGAAGACUCAACUACUAUCUUCAUAUGAAAGGCCAUGCAUGACCUCUUAUAAAGGGAAAUAAUGAAGACAUAAUUAAAAUUUUGUGGCAUGUUUGUAAAUCUCCUCAUCAAGAACUACAGAGUUGGGAAAAUAUAAAACUAAUCUGGAAACAUCUUCAAGUAUUGCACAUUACAAAAUUUGAUUUUUAAAUUAUGACCCCCAGACAUAGCCUGAGGCCACCAGAUAUGAUCAAAGUUUAACAUACGAAUAUAUAAGAAAAAACUUUAAAAAAUCUUCUUAAAGACAACAAAUCCAUGAUCUUUGACAUCUUAUAUGUAUGCAUCCUCAUGUAGUCAUUUAAUUAGUUCAAAUCAUUAAAUGUCCCCUCAUGAAAGGGUGC